UGUUUUAGUCUAGUAAUUAAAAUGAUUUGAAAUGGCUUUGGCUGACAAUGCUGUUGAAACUUCAAAAGACUUAGGAGUUGAAGAUGUUUUAGUGGGAACUGAACCUGGUGCAAGAAAUUCCAAUCUGUUUGCAGCUGAUUCGUUUGAAGAUCUUAGUCAGGAAGAGUGCACAGAGUUUCUUCCUACAUGUUCGUCUGCCUCAGAAAUGGUUCAUUUAGAAAAUUUGAAAAAAGGACAUCAACCUAAUAUUGAUGAUGAAAACCAAAUUGAUAUAGACAAACAUCAAACUGGACUAGAAGUUGAGACAGUAGAUGAAGCCAGAUUGAAACGUGCUGAGUCAGUAUUUGAACAAGAGAGGCAAAACUCUGUUGAAGAUAUGAAUAAUCCUCAAUGGAAAAAACAUAAGAAGCACAUCUUUAUACUAAGUGAAGCUGGAAAACCAAUCUAUACAAGAUAUGGCAAUGAAGAAGAAUUAGUGACAAUGAUGGGGUUAAUGCAAGCUAUAGUUUCUUUUGUUCAAGAUUCUAACGAUAAUCUAAGAUACAUUGUUGCAGGUGAGCAUAAGUUUGUGUUUCUUACACGUGGGCCCAUUAUUUUGGUAGCAGUUUGUUCAUCAUCUGAUUUCCAUUCCCAGCUUGUUCUUCAACUAACAUAUGUUUACCAUCAAGUUUUAAGUGUUCUAACUUUCACCCAACUUACAAAAAUUUUUGAACAUAGAAGAAACUAUGAUUUGCGCAAGUUACUAUCUGGGACUGAAAAGUUUAUUGAUAAUCUCUUGAACCUGAUGACAUAUGAUCCAAGUUUUUUACUUCAGGCUGUUCGAUGUUUACCAAUGUCAAGCGCUGUUAGAGACACUAUAGGGCAAGCAUUACAGUUUGUCAAAUGCAAAGAGUUAGUAUUUGCAAUAUUGGUUGUCGGAAAUCAACUUGUAACAAUGGUUAGGCCAAAGAAGUUUAGUUUACAUCCUUCAGAUCUUCAUCUAGUAUUUAAUCUUGUUAAUGCUUCAAAAGCAUUUCACUCAGCAGAGUCUUGGACACCAAUAUGCCUGCCUCGUUUUGAUAAUAGUGGUUAUUUAUAUGCUCAUAUAUCCUACUUAAAUGAUGAUUCACCUGCUUGUCUUUUAUUAUUAUCAUCUGACAGAAAUGCAUUUUUUCCACUUUCAACAUGUAAAGCGAAAAUAAUAGAGCGUUUAGACAAGUACAAAUGUCUUGAAUCCCUAUCAAAAGCUGCCAAAGUUGAUAGUUAUAAAAUUGAACAAGUUGGUAUAUCAGAACUGAGACAUUUUGUUUACAAAUCGCGAAGCACUGCUCAAUUUACUUCUCCUGAAAUUGGUCAUCCUUAUACUUCUGAUCUUGAACAAGAAAGACUUUUUAGUCAAUACCUUCAUCUUCAUCACCGAAUCCACGGAAGUUCUAGACCAGCAAAAAUACUUUGUGUUUCAUUAUCAACAGAAAUGCUCCUUGGUUGGGUUACAUCAGGGUUUGAAUUAUAUGCAGCCUUUAAUCCUUUGACUACAAAAUCAAUAGCUAUCAAUGCUGUCAAUAGACUUCUUAGAUGGAUUAAGAAGGAAGAAGAAGUGCUGUUUAUUGUGAACUCGUACACAUAUUAAAGAAAAACAAUUAUACAGACGGUUUCACGUGUAAAUUUAUACCUUUAUAUAAAGUACAUAUCAAUAUUUAA